CUCGAAAUUAUGAAGGACGAAUGAAUAAAUACCUCAGCGCAUCCAUCGAAAAAUAAUACCAUACCUCAAUUAAAUGUGUACGGCAGGGCCUACCUUGGUACAGAGUACAGUACAUACAUUUCUACCAUUGUUGAGGUUCCAAGGUCCGCAAGCACAAAGAAGCUUCGGCGGCUAUAGUCGGCUCUCUUCGGUCGGAAUAUCAAGCCGGGGUCGCGCCUAAGUGCGGGCUUGCGGCCGGUGACGUACGGAAUAAUUACAGAUCAACAACUGUAUCCAGCACAUGCUUGUAUAUAUCGCGAAAUGUUGAUACACCGUGGGGUGAUGGGAGUGAUACCAGGCGCUUCGGGAAAUGGGUGCAGAGCCAGAUGGCAAUGGGGCAAUUGUUACGAAUACUCGUCCUUCGUUUAGUAUUCAAAUUGAAGAUUUGACAUUAUGCUGAUCCCGCUGGAAACAGCCUUAUUCUAGAAGUUACAAGACGUUAGUUUAAGCAUGAGGCUGCAAGGGGACGCUAGACAAAACAUAGUUAGAGGAUCGAUUUAGCCUCAACGCCCGGAUCUUUCUGCAGCCCAAACGAGCCAAGCCGCCUUGAGAUAACCGGCUGGCAUCGGCUGACGCUUUGCCCUCUCUGGCGGAAUUGAUGGGGAGAGAAUCUGCGCAGUUAUCAGUUCCAAGCAUACCGGAUGUAGCUGGAUACGCUCUCCGGUCGUCGGGAUGUAAGCCAGCAAUUUCGCAUUGAUAUUGCGGCUCCUUUCUCCUUCUCUUCAUCUGUAGUCACUGUGUACUCUUUACCGAUUUCACAUAUUUCUACCGUUGGACAGUCACAACCGAUAUCAAAUGCCAUCUACCGUUGGCAGCUCUGCUCGGUUGGACGAAGCAACGGCUGAUUCCGUUCAGACGAAUGGCGUCAAAACCACCAACGGUGUUAAUGGACAUUCGAACCCCAUAGACUUAGCAGAAUACCUCUUCCGUCGUCUACAUGAGUUGGGAAUUCGUUCCGUCCAUGGCCUUCCGGGUGACUACAAUUUGGUUGCCCUCGACUACCUACCCAAGGUCGGUUUGGAUUGGGUUGGCAAUGCCAACGAAUUGAAUGCGGGCUAUGCCGCUGAUGGAUACGCGCGAGUGAAGGGCGUUUCAGCUAUGAUCACCACGUUUGGGGUUGGAGAACUGUCAAGUAUCAACGCCAUUGCCGGUGCAUAUUCUGAAUAUGUUCCAGUUAUCCAUAUCGUCGGCUCCCCCUCAACCGCCUCCCAGAAGGAGGGGGUUCUCCUUCACCACACACUUGGAGAUGGCAAUUACCAGGUGUUUGCAGAAAUGAGCAGGCAUGUUUCGUGCGCUGUUGCCAUUCUGGAUGAUCCAUCAAAUGCAGCAGCCAUGGUCGACAACGCUCUACGAACGUGCAUCCUCAAAAGUCGUCCGAUUUAUAUCAGUCUCCCCACCAAUAUGGUACAGGCAAAAGUGGAUGGGGAUCGUUUGAAAUAUCCCAUCGACCUCAGUGUUCCACCUAAUGAUCAUAAGCGGGAAUCGCAUGUUGUCGACAUGAUAACAACACUCCUUAAAACUGCCAAGCGCCCUGCGCUGCUUGUUGAUCUUUUGGCGAUAAGGCAUCAUGCCACCGAUGAAAUUAACCAAUUUAUCACCAAGUCCAAUAUCCCCGCUUUCGUCACUCCCAUGGGGAAAGGGGCAGUUGACGAGACCCUGCCGCAAUUCCAAGGCAUCUACGUAGGAGAAGCAUCUGCCUCAAUCAUCCGCGAUAAUUUCCACGCAUCUGAUCUAAUCCUAAACAUCGGUCCUCUUAAAUCCGACAUCAAUACCGGCUGCUUCACAUCGAAAGCGGACCAAGUGACCAACGUCGAGUUCCACGCCGACAAAACCAUUGUUGGAUUUUCUGAAUUCCCCGGUAUCAGGAUGAAAGGACUCCUCCACCACUUGGUCAAGAGCCUAGACAUGCUAGACCUCCCAGCACAAAUUCCAUUAAACCAGGCCAAGCGAAAACGAGUAGACGAGGAUGCUGAUCACCAGGAGUUGACCCAUGACUGGCUCUGGCCAAAAGUCACCGAGUUCCUGAAGACCAAUGACAUCGUCAUCACUGAGGCGGGAACCUCCAAUUUCGGCGUGUGGGAUACAGGAUUCAAGAAAGGUACCAUUGGUAUAAGCUCCGUGCUGUGGAGCAGUAUUGGUUUCUCCCUGGGUGCGUGCCAGGGUGCCGCGUUGGCAGCCAGGGAAAUGGCGGAUGCCUCGCGAAGAACGGUGCUGUUCAUCGGCGAUGGUAGUUUCCAGCUCACUUGCCAAGAACUGAGUACGAUCAUCCGUCAUAAACUUACUCCCACAAUCUUCAUAAUCUGCAACAACGGCUACGUAAUCGAGCGCUACGUCCAUGGCAUGAACGCACCGUAUAAUGACAUCCAACCCUGGAAAUUCAACGACAUCGCUGCCGUCUUCGGCGCCCAGCCCGACACCUGCAAAACGUACCAAAUCCGCACGCGGAAAGAAUUGCAAGAUUUAUUUAACGAUCGUGAAUUCUGCUAUGGUAACGUUUUGCAGCUUGUCGAGCUCUAUCUUCCUGGCGAAGAUGCGCCGAAGUCGAUGAAGAUGCUUGCUGCGGCGGCGGCGAGGAGGAAUGCGAAGAAGUAAAGAUUUUUGUUAUGUACUCCUCGUUUUAUAUUUUUCUGUGUUUAUACUUUUGUGGAUACACCUUUUGUUGCUGUACGCACCUUUACUUUUUUUUGGGCUGCCUAUAUCCUCAUUUUUCAACAUUUCCGGAGCUAGAAAGCAUCUAUUCAUUUAUGCGGGAUGUCUUUUUACUUGAUUUUUAUAUUUAUAUUUUUAUCCAUUUUAUGUUAUAGCCUCCAUAGUUCUCUGGUUGAAUGACUUUUCUUUUUCUAACUUUGAACUUUUUUGCUCUUCCGGCUUCUACAUUUUUUUCAACACUUUUUUGAGAUAUAUAUGUAUAUGCAUCUAGUAGAUAUUAGUUUGAGGAAGGGACCUUCCUAAUGAGAUUUAACGUCCAAUAUAAUAAGUUUACGCAG